GUUGUUUUGCUAGUUAGUUAGUUUCUUAGUUAGCUAGCAUUAAACUGUAAUGUGACAUAAAAAUGGAAGCGUUUUUCAGCUUGUAAUAUUUAUUCAAGAUUUCAAGAGCUAUGGAGACAGCCUCAAAAGGAAAGGCCAAGCGAAGGCACCUGAGCGCAGCCGAGUGCAACGGUUUGACCCAAAGCCUCACUGGUAGCCUGGCGCAGCCUUUCACCAUGAACCUCCAUAAUAAAGACCCCAAUAAAAGACUUCAGCCCAGGAGCCCAAGUAAAAGGAGAAGACGAGACGGCCAACAGCAGAGCGUCAUUACAGGAUUCUUUGCGUCUGCUGGAGUCCUUAGCAGCAGCCCAAAAAAAGCCAACGCUCACAUGGUCCUGAAAGAGGAGGAAGAGGAACAGGACCCCAUGGAAGGCAUUACUGAAGAGAUGUUUGUGGAUGAUGAGGAGUUUGAGACAGGCAUGUUUUCGGCAAACAAAAAAGAGAACGAGCAGAAGGUGACAGGAGCAGGAUGCACCAGUUGGGCGUUUCCUCCACUUCACUCCAGCUUUAUUAACAGACACAUGGAAAGGGAGGAAGACGAUGACGUGCAAAGCCUCCCUGAUGCUCAUUACGGGUUGCUGGGACUGAAUCAGGUGCUGCAGGAGCCCCAGGGUCACAUUCAGGACUUGCCUGAAGAAGUACUGAGUGUUAUUUUUGCUCAGCUCCCAGCAGGUGAUCUUUACCGCCAUGUCAGCCUGGUGUGUCACCGCUGGAGAGACAUCAUCAUGGAUAGCCAGUUUCUGCCAUGGAAGAAGUUGUACUACCGAUACGAGAAGCAGGAGGAAAUGGCAGUGAAGCAGCUGAAUACCCUCCUUGAAGACAACGGCAUUGUCAGAAAGGAUGAUCUCUGUGUGCUGAACAUGGUGAGGUACAUGUCGCAGUUUAAGCACAGCAGACGGGUGAACGUGGCAGACGUUUUGCUGUGUGUGAAAGGCCAUCGGCUCUAUGCCCAGGCAGAGGCCUGCAUCAAGCACAGGCUGCCAGACAUGGAGAUGAUUGAUGGGGGACCAAACCCCUGGUCUGCCAUGGCCCUGAUGCUGAUUCUUGCAGACGGGAUUAAGGAUGUCCUGGACCUGGUGGCUCGUUUACGAACCUCUGGCUGUUUACUGACUCCAGAUAGGAUUUCGGAGUUCCUGUGGGCCGUGGCUACGUUUCUCCUCGCCAUGAAGAACACGAACAUUACCAUAACUAACAGGUGGCACUACAAUAUUUUUUACGUGUUGCAGCUGAUGGAGAACGCACGUCCGCCUCUGAGUCAUGGUGACGGCAGAGAAAAGCAGAUACAGGUCACUCAUGAACAGCAGCAGAUCCUCAGUCAUGACAUCCAGAGAGACCACGUUGUCAAAAUCAUGGCUUUUGCCGGUACUGGAAAGACAACGACUCUCGUGAAGUAUGCUCAGCAAAGACCACAUCUGCGCUUCCUCUACAUUUCCUUCAACAAGUCAGUAAUCAUGCAGGCCAAAUGCAGUUUUCCUUCUAAUGUAGAGUGCAGGACCAUCCACUCUAUGGCCUACAAAGCUAUUGGACACAGGUACAAAAAUCUGAAUAAGCUCUGUAGUAACUUGAAGCCAUUCACGAUAGCCUGGGUGCUGCCUGAGGGUCACGGCGGCUUCGUCAACGCCAAGGUUGUGACACAAACCAUCAACAGCUUCUGCUCCUCAACGGAUGAGUGCAUUGGCUCAGAGCACGUCCCGGACCACUACAGGAAUACUAACGGGCUUGUGGAGUACCCGAGCGAAUCCAAAAAGCAGAUGUUUGCACAAAUUGCACAAAACAUCUGGAAGAAAAUGACUGAGCUGAAACCCACCAAAGAAGCGGCGUGCUAUAUCACCCAUGAUGGUUACCUCAAACUGUGGCAGCUGCAGAAGCCUGUACUCCAUGACUAUGAUGUGAUUUUUAUAGAUGAAGCUCAGGAUUGCACUCCAGUCAUCAUGGACAUCAUGCUUUCUCAGACCUGUGGAAAGAUCCUGGUUGGAGAUCCCCAUCAGCAGAUAUACAGUUUCAGAGGAGCUGUUAAUGCUUUAUACGCUGUUCCACACACACAUCUGUACUACCUAACACAGAGUUUUAGAUUUGGCUCCGAGAUUGCCUACGUUGGUGCAACGAUCCUAAACGUCUGCAAAAAGGUGAAAAAGAUUUUGGUUGGUGGAUGCCAAGAUGGCAGUGUGAGAGGAGAGGACAAGGAGAAUAUGGACACUAUAAAACAAGCUCGUACCCAGGUUGGAGGAAAAGUGGCCAUUUUGUGUCGCUGUAAUACAAACGUGUUCAGUGAAGCGGUACGGCUCACCGACUUAAACCCGAACUGCAAGAUCCACAUCGUCGGUGGUGUUGAAAAUUUUGGGUUGAAGCAAAUCCUGGAUAUCUGGAUUCUGAUGCAGCCAGAGAGCAGACGGAUCAAAGAAAACCUGUAUAUUAAGGACCCAUUUAUCCGGAGUUUCCGCACGGAGAAGCUGGGCGGUUACGCAGGCCUGAAGAAAUAUGCCACAUCCACGGAAGACCAUGAGCUGGAGGCCAAACUGUGUGUGGUGGAGCAAUACAGCACUCGCAUUCCAGAGCUGGUGGAUCGGAUCUGCAACUGCGCUCAGAGCAAGCCAGACUAUGCAGACUAUAUCCUGGGCACGGUGCAUAAAUCCAAGGGUCUGGAGUUUGAUACAGUGGUGGUGAUGGACGAUUUCAUGAAAGUCCCCUGCGCCAGACACAACCUGCAGAGAAUGAACAUUAGCCCAGGUAUAAGAAAAGCUGAUGCAGAUGAAUGGAACCUGCUGUACGUGGCCGUGACUCGAGCCAAGAGAACGCUGUACAUCACCCAGAGUAUCCGUAACAUCCUCACACUUGCAGGGGAAUACUUUCUGAGGUUUGAGCUGAGCUGUACGCUUUUAAAUAAGGAUCAGCAUCGCCGGUGCAGCACCAGAGAGUGUCCCAACCUCAUCACUAAGGAGUCACCGCUCAGCAUGCACAAACUCCCUAUUAGAUACAUGGACAGUGCAGAAGACAGUGGUAUUCUCUGUGCUGCAUGUGUGGAACAGCGUGUAGGUCCUGAAGCUUUCCUGCUCGCUCCACCUGAGGCAAUCAAGUUCAUGCAUUACACCGAGGAACGACUCGAGCUGCCUGUUAACAUGGCCAUGCUGCUGGCUCUACUCUAACAGCAAACACACGUGACUUUUGUACACUGGACCAUUUACAUAUAUACAGUGUGUGUGUGUGUGUGUGCUCAGACUGUAUGGUUAUAUGAUAUGGUUUGCACAUUUUUAUUAUUGUUGUUGUUGUGUUUAAAUGCCAUGAUCCAGUACGUAUCCAACAUUCUUAUAUUUUCAGUCCAUUUUCCUACUUAAACGUGCAAAGCAGUGCUUGUGCUCAGCAGUGAUGUCACUGGUGUAGUCAUGUAAUACAUUUCAACAGUCAUGUUUGUUUUAUACUUGAAAAAUCAGAGCCUUACCUCGAGGCCUGCAAUGUUUCUUGAGUCAAGAGCAGAAACGACACACUUACUUGCUAAGUGUUUUAAUAUAACAUUCGAGUACAGAAGUUUGGGCGCCCUUUAAACAAACUAAAAAGACUAAAUAAACAUCUUAAAAAAAAAAAAAAAAAACAACCCAAGAUCAAUUAAAUCCAAAACCAAGGAGUGCAAACUUUUGCAUGUGAUCGUAUAGUGAAUAUGUAAAGACAUAGGCGCUACGUGUGGUUGUUGGCGUCUGAUCAGUAAAAUGAGGAGAAAUUAGCUUAUUUACUUUACUCACCUUGAGCUUACUGCAGGAACGCUAACGUUGCCUGGAGUACGACUCGGCCUGUGCAUUACUUUCCCUUCUUGCAUUGUCAUAAUGCUCAGCUUUCCAAGCAGUUUUUCACAUCAGUCUGGAACACAUCAGUCUUUUCACCUACCUGUUGGAUCACUGGAUUGUCACUGAAUUGUUUCCCAAUCCUGUUUUUACACUCAUUUAUCAUUUUUAUUGUAUUGAGAGCUCUGAUGUGGGACUCCCAGAGGAACAGGUUAAACAGAAAAAAUAUUUUUCUAAUAUAUUGAGCUUUCUUCCAAUUAGGACCUGCACGUUUUGUUAGAACGUUUUCGUCCUGAGUGCCAGUGGACACUUGGACGUGAUUGUCACAUCAGUGUUUUGCACCACACACGUUAUACAAUGUGAAUGUAAAUAUCUUAACAAUUGUUUUUUUUGUGCAUAAAGAAUGACAUGAUACAAAAAAAAUUCAUGCCAGUAAAGUACGAUGUCAAAGUGUGGCUUAA